GCCACUUGGAUUAGUGGGAAUCCCGGGAACGCCCCUAGCAACCUGGUGUUUGGAAGCGUUGGGGAGCGCGCACCAAGAAAUCAAAAAAAGUACUUCGCAAGUGGGGCUCCAGACAGACGUCCUGCCGGAGACCCUGACCGAAGUCCCACAGCAGUAGGAUGGCUGACCUGCUUUUAUGUGAGCCAACAGAACUCUAUAACAUCUUGAAUCAGGUCUCCAAGCUGUCCAGAUUAGCUGAGCCCAACUACCUCUGUUUACUGGAUGUUCGACCCAAAAGGCUGUAUGAUGAGAGCCACGUGAUCACUGCCAUGAGAGUGAAGAAGAAAGAUGACCAGUACCUCAUCCCGGAGUCCGUGGAUCUGGAGUGCGUGAGGUACUGCAUCGUGUACGACAGCAAUACCAGUUCCCUGGAGCUGGGCAUACGACGGCAUGAGGACAACGAAGAGGAGAAGAGCGAUGACGAGGAGGAAGAAACUGAAUUGUUACCUGGACCUGCUGUGGAAUUUGCACAAAUCCUCAUCCACUUCACCCGCCAACCUGUCUAUGUCCUCAAAGGGGGCUAUGAAUGCUUCUCUGGCCUGUACCACUUCUUCCGGACCCAGAAGAUUAUCUGGAUGCCCCAGGAACUGGAUGCCUUCCAGCCAUACCCUAUUGAGAUAGUUCCAGGCAAAAUCUUCCUGGGCAAAUUAAGUCAAGCUUGCAAUGCUCGGAUUCACAAGGAUUUGAAAAUUAAAGCUCAUGUUAAUGUUUCCAUGGAGUCAACACCGUAUUUUGUAGGUGAUGAAAAUAAACUCUUGCAUAUCAAGAUUGAAGAUUCUUCAGGUUCCAGCCUUUUCUCUUCUUUCCGCCACAUCUGUCACUUCAUGGAGAUUCACCUCCGGCUCCAAUCUGUCAUCCUGGUCUUUUCCACCCGGGGCAUCAGCCGAAGCAGUGCUGCUGUUGUGGCCUUCCUCAUGCAUUAUAAUGAGGAGACCUUGAAGAGGUCUUGGGCCCAUGUGAAGAAAUGCAAAAACAACAUGCGUCCGAAUCGAGGCUUGGUGGCUCAGCUGUUGGAGUGGGAGAAAGUUAUCCACGGGGAAUAUAUCACUGACAUCUCCAACCCUAUCUACUGACCUUCACUUGUGGCCCAACCAUGGUCACUACACCUUGUUUGGGGGCACUCGGGGGUGGGGGGCUAGGGUAAAUGGAAUGGUCUAGAAAAAGAGCAUUGUUGCUUGGAAUUUCAUGUCUGUGUCCUAAGAGUGGUUCUUUUUGUGUUUUCCCUUCUAUACUGGGGAUUGAACCUGUAACAGUGGUUCUCAGCCUUCCUAAUGCUCGCCCUUUAAUACAGUUCUUCAUGUUGUGGUGACCCCAACCGCAAAAUUACUCCGUUGCUUCUUCCUAACUGUAAUUUUGCUGCUGCUGUGAGUUGUAAUGCAAACAUCUGUGUUUUCUGAUGACCUCAGGCAACCCCUGUGAAAGGGUCAUUGGAUCCCUAAAAGGGUCUUGAGCCAUAGGUUGAGAACCACUGACCUAGAGCCUCUCACGUGUCAGGCAAGUUCUCUGUCAUUGAGCUAUACCCUUGGCCUCUUUCUCUCCCUCUCUUUCUUCUAAGACAAGGUCUCAUGUAGCCUGGGAUAGCCUCAAACUCUGUGUGUUGGAAGAGGACCUUGAACUCAUGCUCUUCCUGUCUCCACCUCUCCAGUGCUGAGAUUACAGAUUGUACCACUACUUCAGUUUAUGUGGCACUGAGGAUGGGCUCAUCUUCCUGCAUGUUAGUCAGACACUACCCAUUAAACAACA